AAUUUCUACUUGUUUUGUUUACAAAAAGUAACUCAUGAGGAUGAGUCGCGAGGAUUGACUUUAUCACUUAUCAAAUUGUAAUAUUUUUGUCUAUUGGGUCCCAUUAGUUGUGUAACUAUUUCGUUAAGUUUGUAUUUCAAAUUACAAUCCUCGAAUGAUACCGGUUUGUACUCAUUCUGCCUAUGUUUCAUGAGCCUACAGCAGACGAUGCUUUCGUACCGCAACUGUACAUGCAUGCAAGUUUCAACAUCCUGUAAUUAUUAACAGGUUUAGACCGUCUUAGAACUUCUUAUCACAAUGAGGACUGCAUUGAUGGUUGCUGAGAAACCGUCUUUAGCGGCGUCUUUGGCGAAAAUCUUGAGCAAUGGGAAAAACUCCACCAGAAAAGGUUCUAAUGGUGCGUGUUCCAUUCACGAGUGGGUCGGAUACUUUCGAGGAGACAAUGUGAAGUUUAAAAUGACGUCAGUUUGUGGGCAUGUCAUGACGCUUGACUUCAUUGGAAAGUAUAACAAUUGGGAUAAAGUUGAUCCGGCUGAGUUAUUUACUUGUCCUACAGAGAAAAAGGAGGCAACUCCGAAGUUGAAGAUGCAAAGUUUUUUGCACCAUGAGGCCAAAGGUUGUGAUUAUCUGGUUCUUUGGUUGGAUUGUGACAAAGAAGGCGAAAAUAUCUGUUUUGAAGUCAUGAAUGCUGUCAAAUCUGCGCUCAGCCGACCACUUCACGUUCACGAUGUUGUUUGGCGAGCAAAAUUUUCUGCCAUUACAGAUAGAGAUAUUAAAGCUGCAAUGGAAAAUCUUGUGAAACCUAAUGAGAAUGAAGCAAGGAGUGUAGACGCUCGACAAGAAUUGGACUUACGAAUCGGCUGUGCAUUCACUAGAUUUCAGACCAAAUUUUUUCAAGGUAAAUACGGUGAUUUGGACGCAUCCUUAAUCUCUUAUGGACCCUGUCAGACCCCUACUCUCGGAUUUUGCGUCGAGAGGCAUGAUGCCAUCCAGACCUUCAAACCGGAACCCUUUUGGUACAUUCAAAUUAAAGUUGAAAACCCUCAAGGUGGUGAUGACUUGACUCUCCAGUGGAAUCGUGGCUAUCUCUUUGACAGAGAGGUAACUUCAGCAUUGUACUCUGAAAUGCGUGAAUUAUCAUUUGUUGAAGUUACAAGCGUUGUUGCAAAAGAAAAAGCCAAACAAAGACCCCAAGCUCUAAACACCGUCGAACUGAUGAGAGUGGGAUCCUCCUACCUCGAUAUGGGACCUCAUCACACCAUGUUACUUGCUGAGAAACUUUACACUCAAGGAUAUAUCAGUUAUCCAAGGACAGAGACGACUCAUUAUCCAGAAAGUUUCAAUUUGCUAGCGGUCGUGAAACAGCAGCAAAACAGCAGCGAAGUGGGGAAGGAGGUUGCUAAUAUUCUAGCAAAUGGCAUUAACAGGCCAAGAACAGGUCAUGAUGCGGGUGAUCACCCACCCAUUACUCCAAUGAAACUGGCUCAUCGCCAUGAAAUGGACAAUGAUAUGUACAGAAUCUACAGUUACAUUGUCCGUCAUUUUCUAGCCACUGUGGAGAGAGAUUGUAAGUAUUUAAGCACAACAGUUACUUUUAACGUCAAUGGUGAGUCGUUUACGUAUACUGGCAAGACUCUUUUGGAGAUGGGAUACACUGUUGUAAUGCCUCAGCAUGCUAUCAGCAAAAAUGAAAUAGUACCAGAUCUCAAAAGAGGUGAUAAAGUCCGUGUCAAACUGGUCAAAUUGUGUGAAGGUCAAACAUCUCCGCCUGGUUACCUGACAGAGUCAGAAUUGAUUACUUUGAUGGAAAAGCAUGGAAUUGGAACAGAUGCAUCAAUUCCUGUCCACAUCAACAACAUUUGUCAGCGGAACUAUGUGUCUGUCUCGUCCGGACGGCGAUUGGUACCAACCAAUCUUGGAAUCGUUCUAGUGCAUGGUUACCAGAAAAUUGAUCCGGAAUUGGUUCUACCUACGAUGCGUUCUGCUGUUGAAGAACAAUUGAAUCUUAUAGCCCAUGGCAAAGUCGAUUUUAAUGAAAUCCUGGAUCACACUCUUGUCGUCUUCCACAUGAAGUUCCUUUAUUUUGUACAGCACAUCAGUAAUAUGGACCAACUUUUUGAGGUUUCAUUCUCAACACUAGCCAAUACUGGGAAAGCCCUGUCUAGGUGUGGCAAAUGCAGGCGAUACAUGAAGUAUAUUCAAGCAAAACCUAGUCGAUUACAUUGUUCCCAUUGUGAUGAAACUUAUAGUCUACCGCAGAACGGAAACGUCAGGAUUUACAAGGAACUGAAGUGUCCUCUUGAUGAGUUUGAAAUGAUCUAUUUCUCAACCGGUGUGAAAGGGAAAAGUUUCCCUCUUUGUCCAUAUUGCUAUAAUAAUCCGCCUUUUAGGGAAAUGAAGAAAGGAAGUGGUUGCAACCAAUGCGUUCACCCAACCUGCGCUCACAGCAUAUUUAAGAAUAGUUUAUCUGAAUGUAUUCAGUGUGAGGAAGGACUGCUGAUUCUAGAUCCACCGGCUGCUCCUAAAUGGAAACUCGUUUGUAACAAGUGUGAUGUGAUCAUUCAUCUAUUUGAAAAUGCUCAGAAGGUAUCCAUUGAAGAGACCAAUUGUCACUGCGGUGCGCAGCAAGUGAAAGUGGAGUAUAAAGAGGAUAAGACUAAACUCCCGAAAGAUGCCACGGAGAUGGUUGGUUGUGUCUUUUGUUCCCCUGAAUUCCUCCCCUUAGUUGACAAGCACAAAGCCAUUGCAUCAAAACCUGCGAAUUUUGCUAGGAAAGGCGGUAAAGGUGCUCGUUCCAAACACAAAGGCAAAGCAAGACCACCCAAAGACAAAAUGGCGCAGUUAGCAGCUUAUUUUGUCUGAAGUCGCAAUCGUAAGCCCCCUUUUUUUUUCUUGAAUUAUUUAUUAAUUUAUUAAUGUUUGCAUUUUUUGGUUUCCUCCUAUGGCGGGAAAAGUGUUCUUGUGAUAUUUUUACUUUGUUGAGAAAGCAUCAAUCGAUCCGUGCUCUUGAUCUAUGCUAUCACCUGUAACUUUUUUCAAGCAGGUUUUUUAAUUUUUUCUCUUUUUUUUAACGUCGAGUUCCACAGAUUUACUUUAAUUCAGUGAAGGAAAUUUUUUUUAUUCCUCUUUUGAGUUUUUAAUGUGUAUUAUUUAAUUGUUGAUCAGUAAUUGUUAAGUUGUAUUUACAAGCUAAAAUACUCCGUGAAUUUUCAUCAUACCUUUUUAUACACAAGUGUUUGAAUUUAACUUGAGAAGUACAUAAUUCUGCAUUCAGGGGAGAAAAAUUAUCCAAAAUCAUUGUCCAUGUUAAGAUACAAUAAUCUUGUGCCCCUCCACUGGCUUUUAGCCACGUAAAAAUUAGAAGGUAUCAUUUAUUUUAAUAUCGCAUUUCGAUACCUUAAAAAACUCAGAACUUCCCGAUACUUUUUCAAUUUUAGUAGUCUAGCUUCUAUAUCAAAGUUUUGCGUUGUGAAAGUGUUACGAUGCCUCAAACUGGGUCAUCUCAGAAAUUUACAAGUUCUUAAGGUUUGAAACAUCAUACAUAUAUAAUCCUUAUUCUUCUACUGCAUUUCAUAGUUCAUUAUCAUUGUUGUUUACGGUAAGUAGUAGUGCAUCUUCUUAACAUCCAAGUGCACCAACUCAAUCGCAUUACUUUUGAGACAACCUUUGUAUGUACUUGGACCAAUGAACUGCAGAUUAUUUGUUAGUCGGAUCAGUCAUCAUACCUUGUUAUGUUUACAAAGAUUUGUUCCAUUUUCCUUCAACACUUUGAACUCUAGUGUGGCAAUAUGGAAUACAUCACAGGUGAUACAUGAAAGACUUACAUUCUUAUACAGGGUGUGUCAGAGUGAUAAAUUUUUCUCCCAAGCCGAACAUUCAAUUUUCAAAAUUAGAGGCAUAUUUAUUAAAAAACCUAGUAAAUGAAGGAACACCCUCCUCUGUGGCAUUCCUCUGUAUCAGUCAAUUCUGAAGAUAAUAAUCCAACAAUUUGUAAUAAUUGGUUUUAAAAAUCUUGUGUCUGCCGUGUCCUUUUUCAAUCAAGCUGAAAAGCAUCCUGCAAAGCGUUUCUGAGCUGAAAUAUUUGCUGACACUCAUGAAUAAGUAGAGGGUGAGAUCUCGCUGUCCUCAAUUAGUAGAGGAUGAUGUUUUUUACGAAAACCGAAGCACCUAACUUUUCCUUGGUGUUCCUUAUUUUUUUUUCCUGUAAGGUAAACUUUGUCCUCCUUGGUAGAGGAAAAAAGGACUGAAUCUAUCUUUUGUUCAACUUUAAAUUAAUGAAUCGCUUUUAGUGUCUCAUAAAAUGAAACCAAAGAGCUUAAAAAUAAGAGAUUAUGAAUUAAUGUGCAAGUGAAGUUAACAAGAAUAAAAAAUAAUACGCAUGUGAUGAACAGUGUUUGAUUUAAGUACCAUCAAAAUCUGUGAAAGAGUAGCAAUUGUUGCCGAGGGUCUGUUAAGUGAACAGACUUUUCAUGUAUUAAAUCGCAUGAAAAUCUC